AUGCCCUGUGCCUUUCAGAUGCCUCAGGUCCUGGUUAAACUCAAGAAGUAUCCCCAAGGGGACAAGGAUUUCACUGAGGAUGUGAACUGUGCCUUCGAGUUCCUGCUCAAGCUGACGCCUCUGCUGGACAAGGCUGACCAGCGCUGCAACUGCAACUGCAUGAGCCUGCUCCUGCAGGAGUGCAGCAAGCAGGGGCUGCUCUCCGAGGCCAACAUGACCAACCUCAUUGACAAACGGACAGCAGACAAGGAAAACUCUCCGUGCUUGAAAUCGGCCGAGAAUGCCAACAUCCAGCCAAACCCAGGGCUCAUCCUGAGGGCUGAGCCCACUGUCACCAACAUCCUGAAGACCAUGGAUGCAGAUCACUCCAAGUCCCCCGAGGGCUUGCUGGGGGUCCUGGGUCACAUGCUGUCUGGGAAGAGCCUGGACUUGCUGCUGGCAGCAGCAGCAGCCACGGGCAAGCUGAAAUCCUUCGCUCGGAAGUUCGUCAAGCUGAACGAAUUCACCAAGCAAAUCACCGGAGAAAUCUCCAAGAGUGGCUCAGUUCGAGCUCUGCUCUUCGACAUCUCCUUCCUCAUGCUGUGCCACGUGGCCCAGACCUACGGCUCCGAGGUGAUCCUCUCAGAGUCGACCCCCCCGGGCGAGGUGCCCUUCUUUGAGACCUGGAUGCUGACCUGCAUGCCUGAGGAGGGGAAGAUCCUGAACCCUGACCACCCCUGCUUCCGCCCCGAUUCCACCAAGGUGGAGUCCCUGGUCGCCCUCCUCAACAACUCCUCCGAGAUGAAGCUGGUGCAGAUGAAGUGGCAUGAGGUGUGUCUGAGCAUCUCAGCUGCCAUCCUGGAGAUCCUCAACGCCUGGGAGAACGGUGUCCUCACCUUCGAGUCUAUCCAGAAAAUCACGGACAACAUCAAGGGGAAGGUGUGCAGCAUGGCAGUGUGUGCUGUGGCCUGGCUGGUGGCUCACGUGCGCAUGUUGGGGCUGGACGAGCGCGAGAAGUCUCUGCAGAUGAUCCGACAGCUGGCGACACCUCUCUACGGGGAGAACACACUGCAGUUCUACAACGAGCGUGUGGUGAUCAUGAGCUCCAUCCUGGAGCACAUGUGUGCGGACGUGCUGCAGCAAACGGCCACGCAGAUCAAGUUCCCUUCCACGGGCAUGGACACCAUUCCCUACUGGAACCUUCUGCCCCCCAAGAAGCCCAUCAAGGAGGUGCUGACCAACGUGUUCACCAAGGUGCUGGAGAAGGGUUGGGUGGACAGUCGCUCCAUCCACAUCUUCGACACCCUCCUGCACAUGGGGGGAGUCUACUGGUUCUGCAACAACCUGGUGAAGGAGCUGCUGAAGGAGACACGGAAGGAGCACACGCUGAGGGCUGUGGAGCUGCUCUAUGCCAUCUUCUGCCUGGACAUGCAGCAGCUGACGCUGACCCUCCUGGGCCACAUCCUGCCCAACCUGCUGACAGACUCCUCCAAGUGGCACACCCUGAUGGACCCCCCCGGGAAGGCCCUGGCCAAGCUGUCGGUGUGGUGUGCCCUGAGCUCCUACUCCUCCCACAACAAGGGCCAGGCCUCGGCCCGGCAGAAGAAGAGGCACCGGGAGGACAUCGAGGAUUACAUCAGCCUCUUCCCCCUGGAUGACACACAACCCUCCAAGCUCAUGAGGCUGCUGAGCUCCAACGAGGAGGAUUCCAACAUCCUCUCCAGCCCCAAUCGCUCCAUGAGCAGCUCUCUGUCUGCCUCCCAGCUCCACACUGUCAGCAUGAGGGACCCACUGAACAGGGUGCUGGCAAACCUCUUCCUGCUCAUCUCUUCCAUCCUGGGGGCCAAGACAGCUGGCACCCACACCCAGUUUGUGCAGUGGUUCAUGGAGGAGUGUGUGGAGUGCCUGGAGCAGGGCAGCCGUGGGAGCAUCCUCCAGUUCAUGCCCUUCACCGUGGUUUCAGAGCUGGUGAAGGUGUCCACCAUGUCCAGCCCCAAGAUUGUCCUGGCCAUCACGGAUCUCAGCCUGCCCUUGGGCCGACGCGUCGCGGCCAAGGCCAUCGCGGCGCUGUGAGCUGGGCAGCUCCCACCUGCAGCCAGGGG